CCCCUGUCCUUCACACCAUCGUCUGCCCGGAUCAACCUCGCACACCUCUGAUUUCCGUAUCUAUCGACAUGGCUGGUCGUUUGCGCUUCUCCUUCAACACAACUGAGCCGGCCCUCUUGUAUCCAGACGCCUUCAGUAUCGUCUGCUUCAACGACGACUUUCGGCUGGCACUCGAUCUUCCCACCAUCAGGGCCCUGCUCCUCGUGUGCAAACGUACCCGGCUUCUCCUGGGCUCCAAGGUGGCUCGCUUCUGCGCCUGGUUCCUGAGGGAAGGGUUCCGUGAUCCCGACGGACAGCUGCAAAUCGGCCUCACAGCCAGUGAAAAGAUUGCCCUCUCGCUUCGCUGGAAUGAUCAAACCGCAGCCUACCAAUCCUGGGUAGUUGCCCAGGUCAACCGAGGCAGCGCCGCAGCCACGUUUCUCCUGGCUCAGACACUCCAAUCCGAUAUCGACAAGCGUUUGGUGACAGACCGAGUGAAACGAAGGGGUGUCCGUCGGAGAAUUACCAAGUAUCUGACUAAGGCCACGAACGGAAACAGCGCAAUCGCCCAGCUUCGCUUGGCCAAGUUUUAUCGCGACGGAAUCGGACUCAGUCAAGACCACACCAAGGCCGCCGAGUUGUAUCUCAAUCUCGCCAAGCGCGGAUGUGCAGCAGCCCAAGUCGGUCUCGGUCGAUGCUAUGAGAAUGGCGAGGGUGUCGUGCAAGACUUUACCAAAGCCAUUGAGUGGUACAUCAACGCUGCAGACCAAGGAAGCGAAGAUGGCCGUCUCCAUGUCGUGUUCCUCCGCGGCUGGUUCUCGCUCAUUGGCUAUGGCCUCGAACAGAGCGACGUUGGCGCUUUGAACGACUGGCAGGAAGUCAGCGCAAAAUCCUCUGACUCAGUCCUCAAGCCCAUUGCCACCCACAUGGUGGGAUGGAUGUACUACCUUGGCCGGGGCAUCCAACAAGACCAACAAAGAGGUAUCAAGAUUAUUCGCGAGAACAGAUCGGACGACUUCCGGUUCGGCGAGGGCGAAUGUCUGGCUGGGUACAGAUGUGUCAAGUCAAUGUUUCCCGCAGCCACCAAGAUCUAUCAACUCUGUCAACUGGGAUCCGAGCGAGACUGGCUCUGCAAGCAUCUUAUGGCCGUGUUUCUGGCUAUUGGAUUCGGAACCGUAAGGGGAAUGCAGAGAGCCACAAGUAUCUUUGAGCAACUCGUCAACGAAGGUCACAGCGACAGCCAGCAUUGGCUCGGGCGGUGCUGGUUCUACGGCUGGGGAGUGUCACGAGAACUCCCAAAGGCAAUCGAGUGGUGCAGCAAGUCUGCCGAGCAAGGCAAUUCGUAUGGGAAAUGGGGAGUUGCUCGGUGUUACUACUGGCAAAAUGAUGUCGCCGAGGACUUGACCAAGACUGUCGAGUGGUGUCGGUUGUCGGUCGAACAGGACAAUCGGUACGGACAGUUCUUGCUCGGCAGUUGCUACCAGAAAGGCGAUGGUGUGGCCAAGGACAUCGAUGCUGCUGUCUUCUGGCUCCGCAAGGCCGCGGACCAAGGCUUCGAAAGGGCCAUCGAGAGUCUCAAGGAGCUCGGCAAGUGGCCCUGAUGCACGAGUUUCUCCCAAAAGCCAACUCGCAGCAUCUGUGUCGCAGC